UCUCCCUUUGUUAUUCACGAUUUUCUCCACCGACACAAUAUCAAUCUUCGACAGUUAUUGAUUUUUCAGAGCCUCUGUAGACUCCGCAGGGGAAAUCGGCGGAUUCCCGGUAAACGGAACUUAUGCUGUCAACAGACAUGGCUUCCGGCAGGUUUAUGGCUUACUCACCGUCCCACGGCGCUCCUCACUCUCCCUACAUCCGUGGCAUUCGCCCCGCUUCCUUCUUCAUCGGCGAACAUGAGCAGCAUCUUGCGGAGUUGCUAGCGGAGCGCAGCAAGCUUAGUCCCUUUAUGCCCGUGCUUCCUCAUUGCUAUCGGUUACUGAACCAGGAAAUUUUGCGUGUAACUACACUCUUGGAGAAUGCACCAAUUUUAGAUCAAAGUGGGCUUGAACAUGCUAGCCCCAUGGCUUCGGGUGGAUUGUUUUCAAACGGAGGAGCUAACAUGGACAGAAGGCCAUCACGAUUUCAAUCUGAAAUGUCAGGUCUAGUGCAAUCUGCCAGCCCUCAAAACUGGCUUGCCGGUCACAGUAGCUCUUCUGGUCUAAUUGUUAAGCAAACACUCAGAAUUGACAUUCCUGUUGAGCAAUAUCCCAAUUACAAUUUCGUUGGUCGCCUUCUUGGGCCUAGAGGGAACUCUCUUAAGCGUGUGGAAGCACUUACAGACUGCCGUGUUCUGAUUAGAGGAUGUGGCAGCAUUAAGGAUCUAGCAAAGGAAGAAAUGAUGAGAGGUAAACCUGGGUAUGAGCACCUGAACGAGCCCCUUCAUGUAAUUGUUGAGGCAGAACUCCCUGUGGAGAUAAUUGAUGCUCGGUUAGCACAAGCUCGUGAGAUACUUGAAGAUCUUCUCAAGCCUGUGGAUGAAUCGCAGGAUUUUUUUAAAAAGCAGCAGCUACGCGAACUUGCAAUGAUCAAUGGUACACUUCGUGAUGAAGGUUCCCAAAUGUCUGGUUCUGUGUCCCCCUUUAAUAGCCUUGGUAUGAAGAGAGCCAAAACCACGGAGUGAUAAUUCAUCAGUUAGUAGCCCAGGUUUGAAGCUUGCACGUUGUUCUAGAUCUGUACUCACUAUGAAGCAGUACCAUUGCCGCAGCAGUUGCAGUGCAGCUUAUGACAAUCAAGUCUCAACUAUUGUUGGGGCGCCUGACUGCACAAUCAUUUCCAGUUCUCAUCUGUCUAAGUAUGAUUAGGUGUGUGCAUUGCAUGGAGAUAUUUGGUUGGAAGGGUCAAAAUUACAAACUAUUUGUUCUGGUGGUUUACCUGAGCCGGUCCUCCCACCCACCCUAAGUUUUGUUAGAUUAAGUGAUCAACACCUAUCCACCACAUCUGGUGUCUUAUUUCAUUCUCAAGUACUAUGAAGUUUGUUAUAUUAAUAGAUUAUUAUUAGUUUUAUUAUUAUUAGUUUUUAUUUAUUAUUGUUAUUAUUACUAUUAUCAUUGUGUUUGGUCCAGGAAAACUGGAAAACAGUGUGUUUUGUUUUUAGUAUGUUUAUUUGCUCAUUCUACAAAUUAUUACAAAACCAAG